AUGCAUCCGUUGCUGCAUCUCUUGGUGACCGUCAUCGGUCUUUCCGGCGUCGGUGAUGCUGCUCCUGCUACCUCAUCCAGCUCUGCCCCAACUGUGACAAUAGACUCUGGAGCUGUUGUCGGAACUACGACAGUGCUCGCUGGGGCUCAGGUCACGGUUGAGCAAUAUCUGGGCAUACCGUUCGCUGCAUCCCCUACACGUUUCGCACCGCCAGCCGAACCGACGUCGUGGCAAUCACCUUACCAGGCUACCAAAUAUGGCCCAGCCUGCAUUCAGCAGUUCAACUACCCCGAGGCCUCGCGCAAUGCAUCGAUAGCAUGGUUUGACACUCCACCUCCUCCGGCGGGAGAAAGUGAAGACUGUCUGAAUCUGAAUGUCUAUGUUCCCGCAACACCAGGGAAAAACAAAACAGUCAUGGCUUGGAUAUAUGGUGGUAGUUUGCAAUUCGGAUACAACUCUGCCAUAUACUAUGAUGGCUCAUCGUUCGCAACAAACCAAGAUGUCAUCAUAGUGACCUUGAACUAUCGAACGAAUGUCUUUGGUUUUCCAAACUCGCCAGAGCUACCUUUAACCAAACGCAACCUGGGAUUCUUGGAUCAACGAUUCGCUCUUGACUGGAUACAAAGAAACAUUGCGGCCUUCGGUGGUGACCCCCAAAAGGUCACGAUUUUUGGUGAAAGUGCCGGUGCUGCCAGCGUAGAUAUCCUGGUUACAAGCACACCACAAAAUCCGCCGUUCCGCGCAGCGAUCAUGGAAUCCGGCCAGUCAUCCUUCUACAUCAACCCAACGAACGCGCCUACCUCCUGGCUCACCCUCGCCGCGGCCUUGAAUUGCACUCAAGCGUACCCACAGUCCAAUUUGACUUGUCUACGCGCGGCUAAUGCAUCCAUCAUCAAAUCGACGAUCGAGCACCUUGCGUUGGCAUUCACUCCGGUAUCCGACAAUGUUACAAUGCUUCGUUACCCUGAGGCGGCGCGAGUGAACAAGAGCAUCGCACCCGUUCCCAUUUUGAGCGGCACUAACGCCAAUGAAGGCACAAUUUUCACUGUCGGCAUGAGCGAUGCUUCGGCUUACCUCGUUUCAACCCUCGGAAACCAGACGGCGCUCAUCCAGGACAUUCUCGCUGCGUAUCCGCUUGCCCCAGCAGCCCAGCUCGCGGCCAUUGUGACGGAUUUCGCCUUCACGUGUCCUGCGGGCGUUCUAUCCAACGAUUCGCACGCCGUUGAUUUCCCUACGUGGCGAUACUACUUCAACGCAACGUUCGCAAAUACACAAGCUCAAUUCUUUCCAGGGGCUGGGGCGUACCACUCCUCAGAGAUUCCUAUUGUUUGGGGUACGUAUCCGCGCGUCAAUGCCACGGCCGAGGAAGCAGGGCUCAGUCAAUACAUGCAGACCUCGUGGGCGACAUUUGCGCGAAAUCCGAGUGGAGGACCUGGUUGGACGGGCGUGCCGAAUGUUGCGGCAUUGAGCAACGGGUCUGUAUUGAUUGAGCCGAUUGCUGCAGGUGUUGUGGAUCGAAAUUGCCAGUUCUACCGGCCAUAUUACAAUGCGGUCGGUAUCGCUGUGCAGGGCGCAGGAAGUGGGUGA